AUGGAAGGUGUCCCUUAUACUUCAUGGGUUCAUGCUGACCGCCUUAAAAUUGUUAAAUCUGAUGAUUUUAACCGUACCUGGUACCACCCAACCCCUGCCCAUGCCCAAAUGCAUCGAGAUCUUGCCAUAGAUUCUUCUUCUACCUUGCCAUUUUCUCUUGUGACUACUUCUAUGGUUGAUCGAGGACUAUCAACAGUUUUGGAAGGGGGUGAUGUUGGACAUUAUUUUGAUGAAUCUGUAAAAUCUGAAGAUGGUCAACCCUCUGCUUCUCUUCCUGCACCCCAGUCAACUGCAGAUCUUGAAACUGCUACCUUCACUUGGGCCACCAAAACAAGCUUGAUUCUGCCAGCCAAGACACUUCAAGUUCCUUCUGCCCGCCGGGUUGCUGCCUCUCAAAGACUGUUCUCUGACAAAACUGGUCCUGAUGGUUUUGAAUAUAUUUAUAUUCUUCUCUCACGUCGUAUUACACACAGUGAAGUGCGCCGCUCUCCCCGCACUCUUGGUGUUGACACUGAUUGCCUGUUAGAUAUUAACUUUCCUGCUCAUGGAGUUAUUGGAAUUCUUGUUCAUGUGCAGUAUCUUGAGAAAUUUAAGUCCCAAUUAGCUAGUGCUAAGGUCUCUCUUGUCAACAACUUUGAUUCACUUGAUCCUAAAAAUGUUGCUGAUCUCAAGUUUGCCAACUUGUUUGUCUCUGUUGCUCACUUCUUUGUCCAGUCAAGAUGGAUUGGACUUGAGGAAAUUCCUGCCCGACCAGUAGCUGAGCACUUUGGAUUAUGGAAUGCUAAUGGACUUCAACCUCGUGCAAUUAAAGACGUGCUCAACCACUCCCGUCUUCCAACCUCCUGGUCUCAGUUUCAUCUCUAUGGAUCUCCUGUUGCUGGCAACUACCGCAGAUCAAUGGGGGUGUCAUUGUUAGUCUUUCCUUCCUGUCCUUAUGCUGUCACACAAAUACCUAUGCCCAACAACUAUGCUCUUGCUGUCAAGAUUGGUACCCUUCGACUUAUAUGCCUUUACUUACCACUCUCUAUGCUCACUCAUGAAGCUCUUGAUAUCCUUUCAGCCAUUCCUUUAACUGAUGAUACUAUUAUAUGUGGAGAUUUUAAUGCACGACUUGAUUCAGUACACUGGAAAAAUUAA